UGGGUGGAGGCCCGAAAGGCAGUGAGGAGUGUCCCUGGCCCAGGAAGCUGGGCUGUGGGGAGCCAGACCUGACACUGGAGCAGGCAGGGCCUCAGGUAGGGGGAGGGCUUUGGUGUCCGCCUCACACUGGGGGAGUUACUGCAGAAGACUUGUCCUCAUCAGAGGGAGGCUGGGGAUGGUGGGGCCCCGGAGUGGGGCUGGGGUGCCAGAUAGAAGGUCCAGGCAUGGCCCUGGGCUCCCAUGCCUGCCUAGGCCACUGCCCCCUGGCUCAGGGCCAGUGAGGACAUCUCAAGCUUCCCAAGCCAAGGGGGAGAGCCAGGUAUCCCCUGCUAUCGCUGCUGUCAGCCAUGUACAACCCUGGCAUCUGUCAUGGGCCAGCCAGGCCCUGGCUUUGGGGCCUCAGCACCUGACCCAGCAGCCUGGGAAGAGGAGGAAGUGUGGAGAAGAAACUGAGGCUCCAGGAGCCAACUCAGCUCCAGACACAGCCGGCGGACCCUGGGCCAGCCUCAGCCUGCUUGGCUGUGUGUGGGGCUGGCCCUGCCUCUGUGCGGGCAAGUUAGAGAUCUCAGGGCUCCACCCGCCCUCGUAACUUGGGCUAUAGAGGAACUGCCCAGGAGAGAGGUUCUAGGCUUGGCAGGAAGCGGAAGUUGGGGGCCUGGGCCCUUGUCCAGGCAGCCUAGGAUGGCACAGACAGGCCAGGGCGUGGGGGAAAUGCCAACUGUCUGGGGUGCUUCCGGGAGCACUUCUGCCUGCUCAGGUAUUCCACCAGACCAGCUCAUCUGGCUCUGCAGGGCUCAGGGCUGGGCGACACCCACAGUGUGGUUGGGUGAGGGUGGAGGCGGGGAUUUGGGGCAGAGGCCUGGUCAGGCCAGCCCUGGGGAACAUGAGCUUAAGAAAGAGAUACAGACUCAUACACAUACUGGGCAGAACACACUGUGCUCCAGGCACCCACAGGGCACCAGUCUUAGCUGUGCACUCCUAGGGGCCCAGAUGGGGUGGGGGACACCACCUCAGAACUGUCCAGGACCCAGAAGGGCCCACCUCAACAGUGGUGGGCACCUGCAAGAGGCAGCAGCUCCUCUGGCUUUAUUUGGUAGCCCUGUCCCCAGGCUGCCCUCAGCUCAGCGAUGGUGACAGUUUACCCAUUCAUGUCCAUUUCAGGAUGUCUGAUGGGGCUGGAGUCUAGGGGGGCCGGCCCAGCCCCUGGCCCAGAUGAAACCCUGCUGCUUCUUUAGGGCUGAAUCAGGCCUCCGCUCUGGGCUGGACCCAGACUCCUGGACCCUGCUGGGGCCUCCUCAGGGCUGUCCACAACUGCCCUGGGCCCCUGGCCAAGAGCUGGUAGUCCGGGUUAAGGGCUUCUAACCACCCUUCUUUGUAGAUUUGCCACCUCCUAGGGAUCCUGCCCCUUCCCAGGGCCCUGGUGGGUAGAGCCAGACCGUGGACAGGCUGGCCACUCGCCUCCCACAGCCUGGGCAGGAGGCCCUUCACAAGCCCACAGCAGGCACCUCUGAGCGGCUGCCCAGUCCCCUCCCCACAGAAUGCACGCUCACGCACGCACCACCACACCUGUCCAGGGGCCCGCCUGUGGUCCCGCCCGGGGCCUGCUUCUGGGUCAGGCCUGGGCACGACUUCCCAGGAGAAGCAGGGGCAGGUGCUACUGGCUGGGGCAGCCAUGGCUGGGGGUAUGUGGGGCCGCACCCGGGGGGCCCCCGUAGGGGCUCUAACUCUGACAGCUCUGGCUGAAGGGAUCCGGGCCAGCCAGGGACAGCCCCUAGGACCCUCUUCCACCAGCCCUCAGCCUGAGCCCCAGGCCCAGGCACCUGGCCUCGCCGCCAAGGCUGAGCCUGGAAGUGGGGCCACUGCCCCCACAGCUGGCUGUGAACCCUGCUCCCCAAGCAGCGCUCCGGAGCCGGGACCCCGCCAGGCCUCCCGGAGUUCCUGGGAGGAGGGGGCUCUCGCCGACCUUGCCUUGUACACGGCUGCCUGUCUAGAGGAGGCUGGCUUUGCAGGGACCCAGGCAACAGCGAUUACCCUGUCCUCAGCCCUGGAGGCCCAUGGGGCACGGCUAGAGGACCAGGUGCAUGCUCUGGUGCUGGGGUUGCUGGCACAAGUGCCCAGCCUGGCCGAGGGGAGGCCCCGGAGGGCGGCCCUGCGCGUGCUGAGCGCACUGGCCCUGGAGCACUCGAGGGAUGUUGUGUGUGCGCUGCUACCACGCUCACUGCCCCCUGACUGGUUUGCUUCGCUGUCACUGACCUGUUGGGGCUCCGAGCGAUGCCAGCCCAGCUCUGAUCUCAUCUCCCGGCAGCGUUGUGGUCUGCACAGUGCCACUUAUUUUGUUUCUCUGGGAUUAGGGUGGGGGCUGGUUCACCUGCCUCUCCCCUGCUGGAGUCCUAGCGGCUGCCUCCAUGGCCUCACCACCCAUCCCUGCACCAGACCCUUGUCUCAUGCCAGCCCCCCGACCCCACCCCUCAGGGCAGCAGCCGAGCUCUGGCGCAGCCUAAGCCGGAACCAGCGCGUAAAUGGGCAGGUGCUGGUGCAACUGCUGUGGGCACUGAAGGGCGCUGCAGGGCCCAAGCCGGAGGCACUGGCGGCCACACGUGCUCUUGGGGAGAUGUUGGCCAUUUCAGGCUGUGUGGGAGCCACACGGGGCUUCUACCCGCACCUGCUGCUGGCACUGGUCACACAGCUGCACGAGCUGGCUCACAGUAACACACACUCCCCUGAUACUCCCAAGAUUUGGGUCCUGUCCCACCGAGGGCCACCACACAGCCAUGCCAGCUGUGCCGUGGAGGCCUUGAAGGCCCUGCUCACUGGAGAUGGGGGCCGCAUGGUGGUCACAUGCAUGGAGCAGGCAGGAGGCUGGAGGAGGUUGGUGGGAGCCCACACCCACCUGGAGGGCGUGCUGCUGCUGGCCAGUGCCAUGGUGGCGCAUGCAGACCACCACCUGCGAGGCCUCUUUGCAGACUUGCUUCCCCGGCUGCGUAGCGCGGACAACCCACAGCGCCUCACGGCAAUGGCCUUCUUCACCGGGCUGUUGCAGAGCCCGCCCACCGCACGGCUCCUGCGGGAGGAGGUCAUCCUGGAGCGGCUCCGCACCUGGCAGGGCGACCCUGAGCCCACAGUGCGCUGGCUGGGCCUGCUUGGCCUCGGCCAUCUCGCGCUGAAUCGCGGGAAGGUGCGGCACAUGAAUACGCUGCUGCCAGCGCUCCUGGGGUCGCUGGGCGAGGGCGACGCGCGGCUUGUGGGCGCAGCACUAGGAGCGCUGCGGAGGCUCCUCCUGUGGCCACGGGCGCCCGUGCGGCUCCUGAGCGCGGAGCUGGGGCCGCGCCUGCCCAGGCUGCUGGACGACGCCCGGGACUCAGUCCGCGCCUCGGCGGUCGGGCUCCUCGGGACGCUGGUGCGGCGGGGCCGGGGCGGGCUGCGGCUGGGGCUCCGCAGCCCCCUGCGGAAGCUGGUGCUGCAGAGUCUCAUGCCACUGCUGUUGCGCCUCCACGACCCCAGCCGGGACACUGCUGAGAGCUCAGAGUGGACCCUGGCCCGCUGUGACCAGGCCCUUUGCUGGGGCCUGCUAGAGGAAAUGGUCACUGUGGCCCACUACGACAACCCUGAGGCCCUAAGCCGCGUCUGCCACCGCCUGAUUCAGCGAUACCCCAGCCACGUGCCCAACUUCCUGAGCCAGACCCAGGGCUACUUGCGGAGCCCACAGGACCCCUUGCGCCAUGCAGCCACCAUGCUCAUAGGCUUCCUUGUCCACCAUGCGAGCCCAGGACUCGUCCACCAGGACUUGCUGGACUCCCUGUUCCAGGAUCUGGGGAGGCUGCAGAGCGACCCCCAGCCGGCUGUGGCCGCGGCAGCGCAGGUGUCCUCACAGCAGGUGGCGCUGCUGGCCCGCACCCAGGGUAGACCCCGCGGCCCGUUCCACCUUGGCCUGGUCCCGCGGGGCGCCCGGCCCACCCGGCCCCCGCCUGCCUUCGCCGACAGCCCCUUCCAGCGCCGGAGCCUUGCUGACCGCUGGGGCUGGUCCGGACCGCGCCCAACCUGAGGAUCAGGGGUCUGACUUGGGCACCCCACCCACACUGGAGCCAGUCCUCGCCCUGCUUGGGUGCCCU